GGACACUCGCACAAAAACACUAGCAACGUGUUUAAAAGUUUAUCGAAAGUUCUUAUAUCAAAACUCCCCGAGCAAUGGUGAAAAUCGAUGAAUCAAAAAUUGGAGGAAUUGGCAGAGUGCUAAACGAUAAGGACCGGCCCUUGAAGGAACGUUUCCGGGCUUUGUUUACGCUGAAGAACAUUGGUGGAUCGAAAGCACUGGAAAGUAUCGAAUCAUGCUUUGGUGAUGAUUCAGCGCUGCUCAAGCACGAGCUUGCCUACUGUUUGGGUCAGAUGCAGGACAAAGCCGCAGUUCCGAUUCUGGUGAAAGUGCUAGAAGACACCGAACAGGAACCGAUGGUGCGACAUGAAGCUGCGGAAGCUUUGGGAGCUAUCGGAACAUCAGAGGUUGAAGAUAUACUUACAAAGUAUUUAAAUGAUCCUAUUGUAGAGGUGGCUGAAACUUGUCAAAUAGCACUUGGUCGGGUGCGGUGGCUUCAGAAUAAAGAAAAGGAUUUUGUUGAUCAAAAUCCAUACGCUUCAGUUGAUCCAACACCGCCUGCUAUGACUAGUGAUGUCUCAGAGCUGCAGAAAGUUUUGCUUGACGAAAAUGAAUCCCUGUUUAACCGAUAUCGUGCUAUGUUUAGCUUGCGGAACUUACGAACCGAGGAUGCGACCUUGGCCCUCGCAACAGGGCUGAAGGGAAAGAGCGCACUGUUCCGACACGAAGUUGCUUUCGUAUUGGGGCAACUACAGGAAGAAUGCAGCAUUCCAUUUCUAGCAGAGAAUCUUCGAGAUCCAGCGGAGAACGAAAUGGUACGGCAUGAAUGUGCAGAAGCGCUUGGGGCAAUCGCUACGGAUCAGUGUACCGAGAUCUUGAACGAAUAUCUACAGGAUGAUAAGCGAGUUGUCAAGGAAAGCUGUGAAGUUGCUUUAGAUAUGUGUGAAUAUGAAAAUAGUCCAGAAUUUCAAUACGCUGACACUCUAGGAAAGAUUUCUCAUUGAAAGUAUUUUAUAAUACAUGUUAUGU